AUGUCUGCCGCACGCCUUGUCCCUGUUGUCAGGUCCCGAGUGGCCACUACCGCUGCCCCAGUUUCAGUGACCUUGCGAUCCAUCACUACAACUGCCAGACUGGAGAAGGGCCCCGUUGAUGCUACCAAGGACACCCUCAAGGCAGCCGACCGGGUUGUCUCCGACGCAGCAGUCAAGGGUAUUGACCUCGGCCGCGAGGCUAGCCAGAAGGUCAAGGAAACCGUCGGCACCACCAGUGCAGAGGCCGAAUCCAAAGCCCAAUCAGUGAAGGGCGAGGCGGAGGAGUACAUGGGCAAGGGCAAGGGACAGGCCGAGGAACUUGCCGGGAAGGCGAAGGGAAAGAUGCACGAGGUGGAAGGCAAGGCCAAGCAGGCUAAGCGGGAGCAUUUGGGUUGA